UCGACGAGGUGGGCCGGUAGGAUUGAACGCCAUUUUGGAGGGAAAGUGACUGCGUUGCUGGUCGACCUGGCCGACGUGACAAAACCUCUUGCUCGGACGAACCACUUCCACAAGAGGCGUCUGCCCAAUCAGCGCCUUUUCACUUCGCCCAUCAAUAGCCCUACUCUGUCGUCAGAUUUCAGCCCCAACUCCCCUCGUCCACGCCUCGCAUUGGUUGGUGUUCCGCUCGACUUGUUCGUCAAGCCUCAAUUAUUUGCGGCCAAAUGCCCACUGGAACAGUAUGCCGAAGCAUCAAUUCUAGACGAUUGCAGUACCGGUACCGCAUAA